AUGACAUGUAAAUUCGCAUCUUUCUUAACAAAGAAGUUAAAUAUUGGUGGGAAAAGAGUUAACCUUGCUAUAUGGGAUACAGCAGGUCAAGAGAGAUUCCAUGCAUUGGGUCCAAUUUACUACAGAGAUUCAAAUGGAGCUAUUUUAGUUUAUGAUAUAACAGAUGAAGAUUCUUUUCAGAAGGUAAAAAACUGGGUCAAAGAAUUACGAAAAAUGUUGGGAAAUGAAAUCUGUUUAUGUAUAGUUGGUAAUAAAAUAGAUUUGGAAAAAGAGAGACAUGUUUCCAUUCAAGAAGCAGAAUCAUAUGCAGAGUCUGUGGGAGCAAAACAUUAUCAUACUUCAGCCAAACAAAACAAAGGAAUUGAGGAGCUCUUUCUUGACCUUUGUAAACGAAUGAUAGAGACAGCCCAAGUGGAUGAGAGGGCAAAAGGCAAUGGCUCUAGUCAACCAGGAGCUGCCAGGCGAGGUGUACAGAUUAUUGAUGAUGAACCUCAAGCCCAGAGCAGUGGAGGAGGGUGCUGUUCUUCUGGAUAACUGUUCAUGCCUAAGAAAUUUAAAAACAAAACUGUGGAUCAUUGCCCUCAACAUGAAGACUGCCAUAUUCCAAGUCACAUUAUUUUACCAAUGGAGUUAUAGAAUUAACAGUAUUUUAAAUUACGUUUAUAACACUGCAGAGACCUUAAGUGCUAAACUUAGUGGAGUUUGUGACCAGAGAAUUGGCAUUUUCUACAAAUGUUAACAAAGCAAUUACCAAUGGCCUUUUUACAUUUUUUUUCUUUAAUGAGGAAUAAUAUGCAUGUAGAAAAUACUUAAAGGCUUCAUUUAUAUUCUUUUAAAUCAAAUCUUUAUUUAAUAACUUAUAUAUGUUGUUGGUAUGGUAUACAUUUUUUGCAGUUCUUUGUAUUUUGUGGUAGUUUGAAUUGUAUCACUCCUAAACUGCAAUUUUUUUUUUUUUGAUUAGCAGAUACCUGAAGUACUAUUUUUGCAGGGUUUGCACAGACCCCUAACUGUCUACUACUUUGAUAUAAUCUAUAUCCAUCCUGUAUGCUGAGCUGGUUGUAAAUUACAUAUUAAAUAUUUUAUCUGCUUUUACCAACCGCAAGGUGCAAAAGUAUAUACGGUAGUUUCAUUGAUGACUGUAAAGUGGAUUAACAUUUGGAAUAAUGCCUAAGCUUUUGA